GUUGUAUCUUAUCUCGAGGAUGCACUUUCACGAUUGUUCAGUACCAGCUAGCCACUCGGGUAGUUCAGUAGCCCAUUCGAAAAGACGAGCAGAGUCCAGGAACCAACAAUGGCCUCUCAACCACCACCACCCGCGCCAAUCGUGAACCCGGACAUCAAAUACACGCAGAUUUUCAUCAACAACGAGUGGGUGAACUCUGCGAGCGGGAAGACGUUCCCGACCAUCAACCCGACCAACGGCAAGAAGAUAUGCGACGUACAGGAGGGAGACAAGGCUGAUGUGGACAAGGCGGUUGCGGCGGCGAAGGCGGCCAUCCAACACGGCUCGCCCUGGCGCUCCAUGGACGCCAGCCAGCGGGGGCGGCUCCUUAACAAACUCGCCGACCUCAUUGAAAGGGAUCAUGUGUACUUGGCUAGCCUGGAGACGCUUGACAAUGGGAAGCCGUAUCGAGAGUCUUUCAACGUGGACGUGAAUGCCGCCAUGGUCACACUCCGGUACUACGCCGGCUGGACAGACAAGGUCACCGGCAAGACCAUCCCUAUAGAUGGCACGUUCUUCUGCUACACUCGACAUGAGCCAGUUGGAGUUUGCGGACAGAUCAUACCCUGGAAUUUUCCAUUGAACAUGAUGUCAUGGAAGAUUGCCCCGGCCCUUGCUUGUGGAAACACGGUGGUUGUUAAGCCCGCGGAACAGACGCCGCUGACUGCCCUCUAUCUGGCCUCACUGGCUAAGGAGGCUGGUUUCCCGCCCGGCGUUCUGAAUGUGGUUCCCGGCUAUGGUCCUACGGCAGGAGCCGCCAUUACAAACCAUCAAGAUGUAAGAAAGGUCGCAUUCACAGGAUCUACUGAGGUCGGUAAACUCAUUAUGGAAGGCGCAGCGAAAUCCAACCUGAAACGAGUAACUCUAGAGCUCGGGGGAAAAAGUCCGCUUGUCGUCUUCAAGGACGCAAACUUGGACAUGGCUGUGGAAUUCGCACACAUGGCUUUGUUUUACAACAUGGGUCAGGUGUGCACGGCCGGUUCUAGGACGUUUGUGCAGGAGGACAUCUAUGACGAGUUCGUCAAGAAGGCUACUGCACGUGCAAAGGCGAAAACCGUCGGAGACCCAUUUGAUGUUACAAUUGAAAGUGGACCACAGGUAAACGAGGAACAGUUCGAUAAAAUUCUUGGGAUGAUUGAGAGUGGCAAGCAGGAGGGUGCGAAGCUUGAGUGUGGCGGGGCCCGGUUGGGGAACGAGGGCUACUUCAUCCAGCCCACAGUCUUCUCCAACGUCACAGACAACAUGAGGAUAGCCAAGGAAGAGAUCUUCGGCCCGGUACAGCAGAUCAUCAAGUUCAAGGACAUGGAAGAGGUCAUAGCCCGGGCCAAUGACACUCCGUACGGGCUGGCGGCUGCUUGUUUUACCGAGAACCUUGACACGGCAUUGACCUUUACCAGUAGAGUUGAGGCAGGAACUGUCUGGGUGAACUUUUACCACUUCGUUUCCCCUGCGGCUCCUUUCGGAGGCUUCAAGAUGUCCGGUGUAGGCAGAGAAAUGGGCGAGUACGGGCUCUCCCAGUAUUCGGAGGUCAAGAACGUAAUAAUCAAGACCCAGACGAAGCUGUAGACUAAGCACCUGAAAUAUCUCUGCCAUAUCUCUGUGACACUCCGGACUGAGAAAAGGUUGUUAUGAUGACUAUCGAAAGUGUUUAUUUGAAUAUGUAUAGAAACAUAUAAUUUUGAACUCAUUUGUUCAAGUUCAAUAAAUUACAGGAAUAUAA